AUGGCACCUCCCCAAGUGACAGAGGAAGUCAGGCAUAGCGCCUCGCCCGACAUCGAGAGCCUGGUGUACGAUGCCGAUCAUGAGUCGCGCAUGCCGGCGCUGAAGGAGCUUCUCAACGAGAUCCUUCCCCUCCGGAGCUGGAAGGAGAUCGAGAAGCGUUUCAUCAUUUUCCGGCGUAAGGAAAAGUUUGUGCCCAAGAAGAACGUUGUGUACCACCUCUACAUGGCCCAGGAGGUCCGGAACGACGCCCUCGAGAAGGCCCUCGUGAGCAAGCACGUGCGCAGCCUUAGCGGCGUCCUCAUCGUGACCGUGCUCACCUCCCCCUACCCGGAGUACGACGUUCCGGGUGCUGGGGGAAGGCCGGCCAAGCGCAAGGUGCAGCGGUUCUCGUGCAAGCACAACUGCUACUACUGCCCCAACGAGCCCGCCCACGAGGGAAACAACUUCGUCCCACAGCCUAGGAGCUACCUGCACGACGAGCCCGGCGUUCGCAGGGCUAACCGCUGCGGCUUUGACGCCGUUCUGCAGUUUCGCGACCGUGUUUCAUCCUACAUCGCGAACGGUCACCCCAUCGACAAGAUCGAGAUCCUGGUGCUGGGCGGGACGUGGUCUGAAUACCCCGAAUCCUACCAGCGCGAGUUUUGCCGAGAUCUGUUCUACGCGGCGAACACGACCUUCAACGAGCGCCCGGAGAGGCUAACGCUUGAGGAGGAGAUCAAACUCAACGAGGAUGCCUCGACACGCGUCAUCGGCCUUACGUUGGAGACCCGGCCGGACGUGAUUGACCUGGACGAGAUAGCCCGACUAAGGAGCUACGGUUGCACGCGGCUGCAGAUCGGGGUGCAGCACACGGACAACGCGAUCUUGAAGAAGAUCAACCGCGGCCACGACGUGGAAGCCACCAUGAGGUGUCUACGGUUACUCAAGGACAACUGCUUCAAGGUGGACAUUCACCUCAUGCCAAACCUUCCGGGGUCUACGGUCGAGGGAGACGUGGAGAUGUUCGACAAGGUGCUCGGGGACCCCGAUUUGCAGGCGGACCAGUGGAAGAUCUACCCGUGCAGCAUCGUGCCGUGGACGGUGAUCGACAAGUGGCAUCGCGAGGGCAGCUACAACCCUUACCCGGAGGACCAGCUGUUCGAGCUAAUCCUUUCCGUGAAGGUCAGGGUGCACCCGUGGAUCCGGCUCAACCGGGUUAUCCGGGACAUCCCGAACCAGUACAUCACGGGGGGCUGCUCGGUGACCAACAUGCGCCAGAUUCUCCUCCAGACCCUGUCGAAGCGAGGGCUCAGGUGCCGGUGUAUGCGGUGCCGCGAGGUGAAGGGCCAGGAGUUCAAGGACGCCGCGCUCGUAGUCAGAAAGUACAAGGCGUCAGGGGGUACCGAGUACUUCAUCAGCUCGGAGUCUCCAGAGGAGACGCUGUACGGGUUCCUGAGGCUACGUAUCCCCAGCGGGACGAGUCCCAUCCUUCCCGACCUGAAGGGCUGUGCCUUGAUCCGGGAGUUGCACGUCUACGGCAAGCUCAAGAAGGUGGGAGAGGGCGGAGAGACACAGCACCAGGGCCUGGGCACGCAGCUCCUGGCUAGGGCCGAGAAGAUCGCUCGACAGCAUGGCUACAUCAAGAUGGCAGUCAUCUCGGGCGUUGGUGUUCGCCGGUACUACGAGCGCUUCGGCUACCGCUCGCUCAAAGACUACCAGGUCAAAGUACUAGUGGACAAGUGGACCAUCGUGGCCGCUGCUUCGGCCUUGACGGUGGCCGGUGCGGCCGUGGCCGCCGUGGCGGUGGUUUUGGCGCGGGGACGGGGGGGGCGACGAUAG